AUGAAGUUCUUCAGCGCCGCCCUCUCUGCUGCCGCCAUCGGCUCCGCCAUUGCCACCCCCAUCCUCGGCUCUUCCUGCGGUGGCCACGGUGCCGCUCCCUCCGGCAUCAACGGCCUUCCCAGCGGUAUCGACUCCCCCCUCAACGGCGAUGAGCUCCAGAGCGCUUCCCCCGUUCAGACCUUGACCUCCGCCACCACCCUCUACCAGACCUGGGCUACCACUGUCUCCGAUUCCAAGACCCACUACUAUGAGCCCGAGAUCACCUACCCCACCGGUAUCGGCUCCGGCGCCACCUCCGGCAAGGCCCCCGCCGUCAUCGUCAAGGAGGUCACCACCAUCGUCCUCAACAUUGACGUCCUCGUCAAGGCCGACUUGACCCGCAUCACCGAGCUCGUCGACUGCGAGACCGGCAUCGACGCCCACCUCCUGCUCGAGGCCCUCGUCAGCCUGUCCGGCCACCUCCACACCGUCGUCACCGGCGUCAUCCCCUCGAUCACCGCUCUCAUCCGCCCCUCGGUCGGCCUCGUCGCCGCCGAGCUCCAGAUCGUCCUUGACCUCGUCGCCGACAUCGAGGCUCUCCUCAUCCAGGUCGAGGGCUGCCUCAAGCACCUCGUCGCCACCGCCACCCACGACGUCCUCAAGGUCAUCAUCAAGGAGCUCAACCUCGUCGCCGGCCUCAUCCUCCCCAUCGCCACCCCCAUUGUCAACUUUGCCCUCCGCGCCGUCGUCGGCCUCGACCUCCAGGCUCCCCACCUCGUUGCCCAGAUCCACGCCCACGCUCAGGCUAUCAACAAGUGCGCUGGCGGCCUCCACGUCUUCCUUGGCGCUGCCCUCAAGAUCGCUCUCUAA